CCGGCGGGGCGAGCCCGGGGCGGCGCGGGCGGGGCGGGCCCGCGCUCCGGGCGGCGGCGGCGGCGGCGGCGGCCGGGCCCGCGCCAUGAGCAUCGAGACGCUGCUGGAGGCGGCGCGGUUCCUGGAGUGGCAGGCGCAGCAGCAGCAGACCGCACGUGAGGAGAAUGAGAAGCAUGAGAAGCUGUGCCUGGAGAGGGAGCAGGAGCAGAAGAAGGCGGGCAAGGCCAGCGUGCCACGGGCCAACAGCACCCUGUCCCCAGAGGAGCCCCGGAGCGAGCUGCUGGUGCCCAUCUCCCCGCCGGGCCCCGUGCCCCUGCCGCCCGCGCCCCUGGCAGCGCCCAUCUCGGUCAUCCCCAUCCCCGUUGUCACCAGCUCCCCGCAGCAGGCAGCCCAGGCCGCGCUGUCGCCGCCGCUCGUGCAACGCCACCAGCCCCUCGUGAGCGCCGCCGGCGUGCCCAAGGAAGCGCCCUCGGUGGCCCCGGCGAUCCAGCGGCCGCAGCCGCCGGACGGCAAGGCGGCCACGCCGCCGUCGGGCAGCCCCAAGCCGCUGCCGCCGUACGCGGCGCCGGUGCUGGCCAUCUCGCAGCACCAUGUGGUGCCGCAGCCCCUGCAGCCCCUGCAGCACCCGGCCGCGCCCGCGCCGCUCGGCGCCCUGAAGCUGGCGCCGGCCGACGACAUGAAACCCAUCGAGCUCAAGAAGAGAAUUGGAGGGGUUGGGACCAGGGAAGUACAUAAUAAAUUGGAGAAGAACAGACGUGCACAUUUGAAAGAGUGCUUUGAGACAUUAAAGCGCAACAUCCCCAACGUGGAUGACAAGAAGACCUCAAACCUCAGCGUCCUCAGGAGUGCCUUGCGAUACAUCCAGACUUUAAAGAGGAAGGAGAAGGAAUACGAGCACGAGAUGGAGCGGCUGGCGAGGGAGAAGAUCGCUACCCAGCAGCGGCUGGCAGAGCUGAAGAACGAGCUGAGCCAGUGGAUGGAUGUUUUGGAGAUUGACAGGAUUAUUCGACAGACAGUUCAGCCAGAGGAUGACCAGGCAUCUACCUCGACAGCAUCAGAGGGUGAAGACAACAUGGACGAAGAUAUGGAAGAUGACAGGCCAGUGAACUCAUUACCAAAACUCACCCAGCGCCAGCACCCAGAGCUGCUGAAAGCCGUCCCCCCCAGUGCUGCUGCCCCCCUCCCCACGGUCCUGCCCCCCCACGUGUCCAUCCAGCAGAAGCCCCACGCCCAGCCCUCCCUGCAGACGCAAGCGCUGGUCCCGCCGCAGGCGAUCGUCCCCGCACAGACUCACAUCGUGGCGGCCUCGACCGUGCAAUCGACUGUUAUCGCGCACACCGCCACCACCCACGCCUCGGUCAUCCAGACUGUCAACCACGUCAUUCAGGGGCCACAGACCAAGCACAUCGCUCACAUUGCACCUUCCACGUCCAGCCCCGUGCAACUCAGCACCGCCGCUCAGCCCAUCGGCCACAUCACUGUGCACCCGGCCGCCAUCAACCACAUGGCCCACCUGGGCCCGCAGCUGCCCCUGUACCCCCAGCCCGUGGCCGUCAGCCAGCCCGUGGUGAGCCACAUCGCUCACACCAUCUCGCACCAGCAAGUGAACGGCACGGCGGGGCUGGGCCAGCCGGCCGUGGUGGCCAAGCCGGCCGUGGGGACGCAGGUGGUGCACCACCCGCAGCUGGUGGGGCAGACGGUGCUCAACCCCGUGACUAUGGUGACCAUGCCGUCGUUCCCGGUGAGCACGCUGAAGCUGGCCUAGCGGGGCCGGCUCCGUGCCGGGAGCCUUUCCUGAGGAAACUCCGUACAUUCCAAGCGCUGCGGCGCGGCAGAACGCCGGCGCUGGCCGGGCCGGGCCGUGCCGGGGCCGCCGGCGCGGGGCCGCGCCGCCGAGAAACUUCAAAGACAGUUGUCGAUGGUGAUUUUUUUUCCUUUUAUGUGUAAUGAGUGAACUAUGGAUAUGAUGUUCUUAAGACUUUUAAUUUCGCCCUCUUACGUGUUGCUUCUUUGUAGAAUAAAAAUUGCUGAUCUCUUUAUUGAGACAUUGCGUAGAAUGGGAAAAAAAAUCAUAGAAGUCUAUAUUUAUAUAUAUGUGUGUAUGUGCGUGUAUAUAUAUAUGUAUAUACAUAUAUAUAUAAAUAUAACAUUUGAAGGCCUUUUGUAAGGUUGAUUAUUUUGCAGGAUUAUGAGACAAAAUUCAUUUUUGGAGGAAGAAGCCAGAGUGUCCUCUCUAAACAAGAAACUAUAAGAUAGAUAGUUUGGUGGACCAGAGUACAGUGACAAAAAACCCCCAACAACAAACCACGAGUCAAACCAUGUUAAAGGUACUUCCCAUCGAUAUAUUACAUUUCAAAAACCAUCUAAAAUCACUGUGACUUGUUAUGGCAUUUUAAGGAAAUUCUCUGUCCUGUCUAAUAAAAGGAAAAAGAAUACACAACCAGACUUGAUUUGUCGGCAUUUUAUAAAUUACUUGAUUUUAUGUCAAAACAAUACUGGUUUUUAUUAUUUUAAUGAUUGACAGUGCUUUGUUUGGAUGUUUUUGGGGGAUUUUGUAUUUUGUCUGGCUUGGUUUGCUGAUGCAAUAAUUGGUUUUGCAGAUCUCUGUGCAUGGCGUGGCCCUGGUCAGGGUCCCUCCUGCUGGUCCGAGCUCCCCCCAGGUUUCUUGGGUUUGUUGUUUGGCAGAGGCACACGCUUUGUGCUGGCAGCUUGCAGGGCGUUUCUGUGGCCUGGUGAGUGGAACCUGGGACAAGAAGACAGAGAAAUGAGGUGGAUUUGCUGCAUGGGUUAAUGUUUGUUAGUUUGCUCUGCCCUGGCCACGCUUUGGUGCGGGAGCCGGUGGGUUUGGGAAGGGGUAAAAGGGGAUGUGGUUCCCUUCCAGAGCGCAGGCAGUUCAAACAGCUGUGUUCCCUUUGCCAGGGAAGCAAUCUCUCUGAUGCAGGAUGAGGCUUUGCUGCAGGAGAUUGUGUGAGAGCUCGUGUCUGACAGUGAGGCGUGCACCAAAGAACCCUCAUCCCUCCCUCAGGACCCUCCUGUUCCCCCUCCCGGGGCCUGGGGCACAUCCCAGAGAGCCAGGAGAGGAGGAAUGCUGUUUGGCUCUGCUGGAACUGCCAGCCCAGCCUGCCCGGGAGGCUGCCUGGCACGUCUUGUGCUGCUCGCUGGUUUCUGGUCCUUGCACAGGGUGUGUAGCUGCUGCUGUGAAUGAUCUCCAUUCUGUCUUCCUCUUCUUAAAACAAGUAUUCCACAGUCCUUUCUGCAGGCAAAAUGCUGCUGUAGCCAGCAGCUGUUCUCCCAGGGCAGGGUGGGAGGAUGCUCCCAUGUGUGCCCAGGAGCUUUGGGAGAGGAGGAGGAGGAGGUGGCUGAGCUGUGUCCAGUGUGGGGCCUGGAAAACAGCAUCCAUGCUCUGCCCAAAAGACCUGUUGAUUCUAGCAGGACUUCAGCCUGUUGAGGACUGCUGUGAGCAGUGUCAGGGAUGUAAUUGAGAACGUCUGCCUGCUCCGUGCUGUCCCCAGUUAAAACUGGCCUGGAGGCAGGAGAAGUGACUGCAGAGGUCAGGGGUGAUUGUGCCUUCUGAGCAGGUGUCACUGGGAAUUGUGUGAAGUCUGUUCAUAAAGCCCCAGUUACCACUUGUUUUAUUUUUCUUUCAUGCAUUCUUGAGUUCAGGAAGGUCUUGGCUGUGCUUGCCAGCACAGCUCCUGCAGAAUGGACAAACCUUGAAGGAUUUCUCUCAUAGAACCCCAUUUAAGCAGAUCAUUUGUUCUCAUUCCAGUGCAUCAUUAACACUGGGGAUUCCCAGAAUUGCCAGGACUUUGUUGUCCUCUGUCCCUGCAGGUGCUUUCCCAAGGAGGCCACUGUGUGCCAGUAUUUGAGAGAGAGGGUUGGUUAUGGCUCAGUUUCUCCUCGUCAGAAACUCCUCAGCCUGAGUGUGUGCAGCAGGGUCACCUCCUUCUCAGGAGGGAGGGUGGCCUUGCCUUCUGCAGCAGCCUCAGGAGGGGGAGGACGUGUGCUCCUGCCUUUUUGUACCGUUCCAACUCACAAAAUCACAAAUUCUCCUCACUGAAGGAGAAGGAGCCAGGUUGGGAAGGGGCUUGGUGCAGGAAGGUGGCCAAGCCCCAGGGAGAAGAGCUUGCUGCUGGGUUACUGAAGGGGCUGUGCUGUGUGCACAGGGCUGCUGCUGACCUCAACUUCUACUCCCUUAUGGUUUGGAGCAAAGAGUGCCCCUGCCUUGCCCAGGGCUGUGUCUUGGCCAGUUUUUCUUGCCCCUUGGAAGUGGGCCAUGCAGUCUGUCUGUCUGAUCCCCUUCGUGGGUGUUGGCCCCCAUCAGGAACCCCCCCUUGGCCCGCCGGGGGCUGCUCCAGAUAUCCUGUGUACCCCUGUUCCCAUCUGCCUGUGUCAGGGCUACCAGAAACAUUCUUUGGGAUUUUUCUUUUUGUAUUUCAAAGUCAGCAGACUUCUCUGUAUUCUGUGGGAAGAAGAGCGGCCACAGCCCUUCCUUUUCCACUUCUGUUAUUCCUGCUCAGAAACUUUGGAUUUACACUGAUGCUCUUAGAAAUCCCGUUCAGUACUGUAUGACAAGGGGCACUUUAGGAAUGUCUCUCCUCCUUUGAUAUAUGUUUUCCCUAUGGAGAAAGCUAUAUAUAAAUAUAUAUGUACACUUGGGGAUUCAUAAGAUCUCAUUUGUCCCCCAAAAAACCAAUAAAUAUGAAGUUUACAAGAAAUCUCUUCUGUUGUUGAAUAAUAGUAGUUAUUGGUAACCAUGCCACAGAAACAAUAGAAAAUGGGGUUUCUGCAUAGUAGUUUGAGAGGGUUUUCUGUCCUGUCCCCCCUGGCUUGGAGCCUGUUGGUCAGUGCAGGUGCCCUUGCAGCCCACACUCUCCACGUCCUGCUGCCAGCAGCCAAAUUGUGCUCAGCAGCUGGAGCUGUGCUUGGAGCUCAGGCAGCACGGCCAGGGGUGUUUGCAGCUGGGCAGAUGUGUGGGCACUGUGGCACAGAACCCUGGCUGGCCACGGGGAAAGCUCGUGCUGGGCUGUGGAGCCACUGCCAGCCCAGCCAGGGGGCAGAGAGCCCCAACUGCUGCUUUAAUGUGAUCCUGGAAGAGCUCUUAACGCUGACACUUCAGAUACAGGAAUGCAAUCCUGACCUCACCAGUAAAAAUUUGCCAGAUCUGUGUAGUUGAUCUUAGGAAGGGAAGAUCUGAUUUCCCGCGGUCUCUGCAGCUGCUUGUGUGGGAUCCCAGAGGGAUCAGCGGGUCCUGUGUCCCUGGGGGCACCGUGGGGGCAGCUGGGGACCCACAUUUCACAGGGGGAAUGAGGGCUGGAGCCAAGCUGCUGCCGUCGGGGGUUUUCUGCAUGUGUGUGUGUGUGUGUCCAUCUGUCUGUCCGUGCUGGGGCCGAGUGUUGGGUGUCAGAAGGGCUCCAGUGUCACCCCUGGCCCCUGGCACGGCUGGGUUUUGUUAGGUUGAGCAGAGCUGGACAGAGGGGACGGCCCUUUGCAGAGGCCUCUGCCCUCGAGGUGCCCAGGGCACGUCCUGAGCCUUCAUCAUCCCACUGAGCCGGCUGCUCUGGGGCUCCUUGUCUUUUUUUUUCUUUGUUUUAUUUCAAAGUGGCCUUCUGUAACAAAAGAAACAAAAAAAAUGCCUUGGGUGGUUAGGUGGAGGUGAGGUGUCGCUGCUGUGUCGGUGUCGGUGUGGUUGUCCGUGCACGCCUGCUAGAUUCCUGUAGACAUGCAAUGCAAGGCUUAUUGUGUCUGGUUUUUGUACGUAGCCUGUGUCUCUUUGGACUGGUUUGCAUCCUGAGGGUGUUUUUUGCGUUUAAAGAAAAAACAGUGAGAACUGUUCCAGGCUGGGUGGGUCCAAGGGGCUCGGGGGAAGGCGUCUCCUGCCCCGUGGGAUGAUGUGGUCGGUGCUUGUUUGGCCCCUUUCCUUUCUGUGAGGGGUAUCAGUGAUUGUCCCCACUGGCAGGGGGUGAGCAGCCUUGGCCAGAUGAACCAGGUGACCUCUGCUUACCUGAGCAGGACUUUGGCUCAGCCCGUCUCGGUUCAGGCACUCGCUUAAUUAGCUUAAUUAGACAUGUGGCUGCUGCAGAGGGCUCCUGGAGCUGGUGUGGAGGUGGGCAGCUCUGGGCACUCACAGGUGAGGCUCCUCUGAGACUUGGCAUGUUUUUUUCUGAACAGUUGUUCAUUCCAGUCUUACUUUGAUUCUAAAAGCUAUGGGGGUGAGGAAAGGAAAACCCUCAUACUUAUGGCCUGUUUUCCAUCCCUUGUUAUCAUUUGGAACAGAUUAAAAUGGAUUAUAACACUGUCUUUAGGUUAUUUUCUCCCUGAGUGAAACAUCAGUUGUUAGGAGCAGAUGUUUAGUGUUAAGGAAAAUAGGCUGUGGGUAGAAUCAGUCAUGGCUUCUUUCUGUCCCUGUUAUACAGCACCUGAUAAUCCAGACUUGAACUAUUAAAAUAGCAGCCUGAGCCCAGCACUGGACGGAGCAGUCGUGGCAGAGGUUUGGCUGCUCCCAGGCUGGCUCACUCCUCACCUGAGGCUGCUGAAGUGAGGAGGGCAGGGCAGGGCAGGGCUGUUGUGUGUGAGGUUUGGUGGGAAGGGGCCGUGGGACGUCACGGUGCCCCUCGCCAGGACACGGCUGGUUCUGCUCUAGCUCUGGAUGAGGCCCGUUGAUUCACCCUCGUGCUCUGAGUGGGGAUCUGAGUGUGAGGGAGCGCUGGGGCAGAAGCCACCACCAGGGAACGGCCCCGAGCCCCCAGCCCUGUGCUGGGCUCGUCCUGCCCAGGCUGUGCUGCUGUGGCCGCUGCUCCCGUGGAAUGCCUUACGGAUACGCCUUAACAACCUGAGCCAAAACGUGCUGGGGCUUGGCAGAGCGAGGGUCAGGGACGGGCUGCGACCACCCAGUGAUUUAUUGGCUUCUGGCCAGGCCCCAGCCUGGGCGUCGCUGGGUGAGGAGCGUGGUGGGAGCGGGGACCCCCUGCUCUGUCACUGCAUGUGACCUCCCCCUCCUGCCUGAAGCAUUUAUUUAUUUAUUUUACCUGGCUGUGCUCCCCGCGUUAGGAAUGUGUCACUGGAGCUGCUGCCAUCGCUGGCCUGGAGCCCCCGUCCCCCCCUGCACCUCAGAGGAGCCCGUGCCGCGCUCACCUGGGCAGGUGCAGUCUGUGUUUACAGUGAGGACGUGUCACUGUGUUACCAAUUUACUGAAAUACUGAAUAUUGACAAACUAGACUGUAAAGAUUUUUAUGUGUUUGGAUACAUCUGCUACGUGAAAAAGCAACUAAUUUUGUACAUAUUGUAUUUUUACUAUUCAGCUGUACAAUACUGGCUCUUCAUGCUCCAGAAUUUAGGUAUCCAACAUGAAUGAUAUCCAUGUAAUAAGCACUUGCCUGAAAUAAAUAUAAAAAUGAAAUAAACAUGCACUGAAAUGGGAAA